AUGCUGGACAACGAAGAAAUGGUUACAGGGGUGGACCGGACAAAACCAACGCUAUCGCGGCUCAUCAUGAAGCACAUUGCCCCAGGAACCAACAUCAUAUCGGACAAGUUUGGCUCAUACGUGUCGGCGAAUGAACGCCACAUCCUGACGAACAAUCCACUGUUGGUCGACCAAUCGUAUGGUCACCAGUGUGUGAAUCAUUCAGCGAACUUUGUCAACCCAGCUAACGGCGCCCACACGCAAUCAAUCGAAGGCGUGUGGGAAAUGCGGAUCAAGCGCUUCUCCAAAGCGAUGCGCGGGAUACAUAGGCCCCAUCUGCCUUCAUACACGUCAUCGGAGGGUUAA